AUGCCCGUCGCCUCAAGUUACCCUUCCGUUGACAUUCCUAAUGUCGACCUCUGGUCAUUCCUUUUCGAACGCAAGGAUAAGCCCUUCCCGGAUGAUCAAGUUAUCUAUGUUGACGCCGACACAACCCGAUCCUAUACCUACCAGGAGGUCAAACAAACGGCCAUUGCCUUUGGGCAGGGUUUACAGUCCCUACUGGACUGGCGCAAAGGCGAUGUACUCGCUCUAUAUACUCCCAACAGCAUCGACACACCGGCAGUAAUGUGGGGGACGCUGUGGGCAGGCGGCGUCGUCUCUCCCUCAAAUCCCGCAUACACGGUCGAAGAACUAGUCUUUCAGUUGAAGAACUCUGGUGCAAAGGCCCUGGUCACCCAGCUACCGGUUCUGCCUGUCGCGCGAGCCGCCGCGAAGCAGGUUGGCAUCUCCGAGGACCGCAUCAUUCUGAUUGGGGACCAGCGCGACCCUGAAGCCAAGGUCAAGCACUUCAGCUCCGUCCGCAAUAUCUCGGGUGCAAGCCGCUAUCGUCGCACCCAGAUUAUCCCCGAGAAGGACUUGGCGUUCCUCGUGUACUCCUCUGGUACCACCGGGAUUCCCAAGGGGGUGAUGCUGAGUCACCGUAACAUCAUCUCCAACUCGCUGCAACUGGCUGCAGGUGAGGCCGGAAACCUCAAGUGGAAUGGCGGACCAGACGGCAAAGGCGAUCGGAUUCUUGCGUUUCUUCCGUUUUUCCACAUUUACGGCCUGACAUGUCUCGUCCACCAAACGAUCUACCGAGGCUACCGGCUCUUUGUGAUGGCCAAAUUCGACCUGGAAAAGUGGUGCCAGCAUGUGCAAAACUACGGCAUCACCUUUAGCUACGUCGUGCCCCCCGUCUUGCUCCUGCUCAGUAAGCACCCCAUCGUCGACAAAUACGACCUCUCUAGCCUGCGCAUGAUGAACUCGGGCGCCGCGCCUCUGACGCAAGAAUUGGUUGAAGCGGUCUACAGCCGCAUCCAAACGGGGAUCAAACAGGGGUACGGCCUCAGCGAGACCAGCCCGACCACGCACACGCAGCCGUGGGGGGAAUGGCGCUCCUCGAUCGGGUCGGUGGGCAAACUCCUCCCCAACCUGGAAGCCAAAUACAUGACGAUGCCGGAGGACGGCACGGCGCCUCGAGAAGUGGCCGCUGGGGAAGUCGGGGAGCUCUACCUGCGCGGGCCCAACGUGUUCCUGGGCUAUCACAACAACGCGGCGGCCACGCGCGAGGCCCUCUCGCCGGACGGGUGGUUCCGCACGGGCGACGUGGGCCACCAAGACGCGCGGGGCAACUUCUACAUCACGGAUCGGGUCAAGGAACUCAUCAAGUACAAGGGAUUCCAGGUGGCGCCGGCCGAACUGGAGGGGAUUCUGGUGGACAACGAGGCGAUCGACGACGUGGCGGUGAUUGGGAUGGAGAGUGCGCGGCAUGGGACGGAGGUGCCGAUUGCGUUUGUGGUGCGGAGCGUCAAGAGCCUGAGGUCCGGGGUAUCUGCGGCGGCGGAAGCGCAGAACAUUAUGCAGUGGCUUGCGCCGAAGGUGGCGUAUCAUAAGCGGUUGCGGGGGGGGGUGCGGUUUGUGGACGAGAUUCCCAAGAGUGUGUCUGGGAAGAUUUUGCGGAGGGAGCUGAAGAAGCAGGCGAUUCUUGCUAAGCUGUGA